AUGCAUGACUUUAAGAAGUCCCUGAUUGGCAUUGUCGACCCCCCUAUUGUCAAAAAAAGAGUUGGAAGGCCCAAAAAAGUGCGUAGGACUGAUGCAAAUGAUACAAAAGAUUCAAGUAAAACUUCAAGAAAAGACUUAACCUAUGCGUGUGCGAUAUGCCUUCAACAAGGGCAUAAUAAAAGAAGCUGUAAGAAUACACCGCACCCAAAUUCAAGAUUUUCUAAGACACAACAUGAAAUUUCCACCGAUGUUGGGGCCAAUACUCAUACUCAAAGCAGCACAGUAGUCGAUGAAGCUGUUGGACAGGAGAAGCCGUCAAAGCAGCCAUGGAAGUUAAAUACCUCAAAAUCAACUGCUCAAAGGCGGGGAAUAGGUAUUCUUCCCCAAACUUCCCAACUUCCAAUGGGUCUACCACGUCUGCAUGCUUCUAAUCAGCCUCCCGAAUCAUCAUUUGCUUCAAGGUUAUGAGCCUUGUGGUUCUCUUACACGCGGAGACAUCCUAGGGCACCACAUAAUUCUAGUACUGAUCCAAAAGGUGUGGUAGGACCUCAAAGGGAAUGAUAUCUGUCGUUUUGUUAAGGAGCUGAAUGUGUUUAGUUCAAUUAUA